CAAGAUUAUUUCACUCAGAAAGCAGCCAACGAAGAGCAAGCUAUAUCAAUCAGCCAAAUUAAAACUGGAGAAGAAAGCAGGCAUGAAGAUUGUUAAAGAGAAGUCAACCAAUGACCUCCAUGUGAUACCUGUAAUGAAGGUGAACUGCCUCCUAGACGAUAUUAAAACCCCUUCUGAGGUUUCAGAGGAUGAAAGGCAAUGGAUGGAAAGCAGCGAAGGAUUCAAAUCAGAUUUUUUAAAAAGAAGUUCCAAUAAAAGCUUGAUAAAAAGUAAUAUUAUGGACUCAUAUGUAAACUCUGUUGAUGAACAUAUUGGUGUAGUGAACCGCAACUCUUUUAGUAUCGGAAAUGCCAUAAGAAACAUUACGAUAGAUGGCCAGUCUAACAAGGAACACAUCAGAGUAGAAUCUGUCAGUAAAGAUAAUAUUAAAUAAACUUAAUCUAAGGAAUGGAAGAUCUAAAUUUCAAGAAACAUUAGUAGGCGGUAUGAUGAAAAAUAAUUGCCCGUUAUCCCGAGCAAGGUCGGAUUAUGAGAAUAAUAAUGAGGCAAAGCUGACUCGCCCUUUCACUUCAAUUGCUAAGAUGAAUUACUGUAGCCCAGCUUUAUCUCUGUACAAGAGCGAUGUAGAGAAUGGGCUUCUUCCAGAUACUUUCUCAGGGCAAGGUAGUGAAAGAGGAUUCCUAAACAGUGGUAAACUAUCUUCCAGAAUCGAGUUAUCUAUCCAAAAUCCUGACUUCUCUGCAGCAGAAGGAGAAUGUAACCUCUCUGACCAGUCCAAGAUGAACAACACGAGUAUAGAACUUGAUCUUGAAGACAUUGGAAGUUUUGCUCCAUUUAAUGAAAAGGACUAGUCUUAAUAUAAUUAAAAGACUUAUUUCUAUA